UACACUUCAAAACAACAACCACCAUGACAGCGCCCACCUCACCCCAACCACACCUCAACAACUCAAUCCAACAAGUCACCACCAACACCUGGCUAAUCUCCCACACACAUUUCCUCCCCCAUUCCUCGUCACCACCACCACCACCACCACCAUCACCACCCCCAUCCAAAACCCCCACAGACGCAGCAGCACACUGGAGCGACAGCAACGGCGGCCAUUUCACCCUCACCACUGCACCCAAGCCCUAUCCAGAUUCCAAGCCCCUCACAGAAAGCUCCUCCCCUAUCUCAAGAGUCCACGCAGUAAACAACCAAUCCGCCGUCUGGCGCGCCGGCGAAGCCUUCAUAAAAGCACACCACACAGACCACCCCCACACAACCAGAGAGCACAUCACACUGCAGUUCCUCCAAGACCAACAUGUCCACGGUUUCGUCUUCCCAGACGUAUACGCUCAUUUCGAGUGUGACUCGCGAUACUUCCUAAUCGUCUCAAGGGUCGAGGGCCAGCUCCUCGAGGAGGCAUGGCCCAGCAUGGACGAGACACUUCGCCGAUAUUACAUCGGCAAGGUAGCUGAUAUCUGCCACAACUUAGCAGUCUGGAAAGGCGAUACAUCAGCGGCGUAGACGGACACCACCUUCUAGAGCGAUAUCUCAUCAAAGGCGACAGCAAGAUAUCAAACGCAGACGCCCUCUCCCCAACCCAGCUCCUGAAAAACUGCACCGAGAUUUGCAUGGAUGUGUCUACGUUCGUCUUUUAUCAUGGCGAUCUUGGCCCUACGAACCUCCUUGUGAACACCUCGACAGGCUCGCUGGGUAUUAUUGACUGGGAGAUUGCGGGGUACGUUCCGCGCGAGGGGGUGCGGACGAAGUUUCGACUUUCGGCGGGGAUGGAUUUCGGGUUUGGGGAUGGGGAGUCUCGG